AUGAAGCGGAAAGGUAAGCGUGCGCCCACGCACGUGGAGUACAUGCCGCAGCUUCACGUGGAGUUACUUGUAGUUACAGCUAUAAGUUUCCGUACCAACCGACACGCAGAAGAUCCGGCGAUUGUGCCGCCCGGAAAUCGUGACCACAUGCUGCGCAGCACUGAUGAACUAUACAAGGCUACAUCCGACAAGUGCAAAGGGAAGAGCAAAAGCUGA